AUGGUAAAAUCCAUUUUCACGGCGCUUCUAUUGGCGUCCACUGCUACGGCGUUCGCACUACCUAGAUGGGAAAUGUCAGAUAGUUACAUUAUCAACGCCAUCUCCAACGAGAAGAUCGAGGUGGAGAAUGUCUUGAAGUCCCCUAUUGACUCUAAGAAGUAUCCGCCCAUCCUCAAGCAGCCCAAGGCGCACGAGAGGACAUUGAAAGAUGGUGAGAUUCCCAAAUACGUUCUUGAUUUCGCACCUUUCGUUCACCUUUACUCGGAGGAGAGAUACUGGCCCUACGACAUCAGCAAGUUUGUAACCAACUUCCAUGUCACAUACUCAAAUGGAACCGUUCUCAACGGCACAGACCAAGGCCUUAACAUCUCCAUGCUUGGCGAUUUGCCUACUAAGCCCAACAUUUACUUGACGGCCAACGAGGAUUUCGAUACCGAUCCCGAAUGGAUCACAGGUUACAAGAACAAACCUUCAUUGGUCAACGGCGAAAUCAAAGAUGCCCCUGCCACGCUUAUAGUCGUUGAUAAGGGAAACGGCUGGGUGGACUCGUUUUGGUUCUACUUCUAUUCGUUCAAUCUAGGACCAUUUGUCAUGGGUUCGGGACCCUAUGGCAACCACGUGGGAGACUGGGAGCACUCGCUCGUUCGCUUCUACAAGGGCUCUCCUGUAAUCGUCUGGAUGUCUGCCCACGGCGGAGGCGGCGCCUAUUACUAUCACAACUUGGAAAAGGACGAACUUGAUCCGAACCAUCCGAUCAUCUUUUCCGCUAGGGGCACCCACGCCAACUACGUCUCUGUGGGCACUCACCCCCACGACUUGCCAUACGAGAUUCUCUGCGAUUUCACAGAUAGAGGCCCAUUGUGGGACCCCACCAGAAACUACUUGGGAUACACAUACGAUGGCAAAUUUGUGUGUCCGGCAGAAACAAACUCUAAUCCCAAGCAUGUGGGCAGAGAGAUUAGCUACGGCAAUUGGCUCACAUUCACUGGUCACUGGGGCGAUAAAAAGUUGAAGGACGACGAUCCUAGACAGAAAUACAACUUUAUCGGUGGGUAUAAGUACAUCGACGGACCCCGUGGCCCCUUGAAGAAGAAUUUGUUGAGGAUCAUUCCGUGCGAGAGACACAAAUGGUGGAACUUUUGGAAUGGCUGCAAUGUUAGAGAGAAUAUCAAAUGGGGUAUCGGUGUUGAAAGCGAGGGCUACAAUUGUGGCAAUAUGUUUGUCAAUAUCAAGCCCCGUUGGCUCCGCAAACUUUUGCAGAAAAUUACUUGGGGAGGCUGGUUUUGCUUUGUGGUGGAUUUAAUUUAUGGUUAG